AGAAAUGCAUGUGUGUCUGGACGGCAGGGGACGGCAGGGGACGGCAGGGGAAGGAAGGGGAAGGAAGGGGAAGGAAGGGGGAGGAAGGGGAAGGAAAGAGGGAGGAAGGGGGAGGAAGGGGGGGGAAGGAAGGGGAAGGAAGGGGAAGGAAGGGGAAGGAAGGGGGAGGAAGGGGAAGGAAAGAGGGAGGAAGGGGGAGGAAGGGGGGGGAAGGAAGGGGAAGGAAGGGGAAGGAAGGGGAAGGAAGGGGAAGGAAGGGGAAGGAAGGGGAAGGAAGGGGAAGGAAGGGGAAGGAAGGGGAAGGAAGGGGAAGGAAGGGGAAGGAAGGGGAAGGAAGGGGAAGGAAGGGGAAGGAAGGGGAAGGAAGGGGAAGGAAGGGGAAGGAAGGGGAAGGAAGGGGAAGGAAGGGGAAGGAAGGGGAAGGAAGGGGAAGGAAGGGGAAGGAAGGGGAAGGAAGGGGAAGGAAGGGGAAGGAAGGGGAAGGAAGGGGAAGGAAGGGGAAGGAAGGGGAAGGAAGGGGAAGGAAGGGGUAGGGAAGCUCAACUGCGCAUCCGC